AUGGCACACAUAAAUAAUCAGGUUGCUGAGUUUCAGGCUGCUCUUUAUCUACCUCCAGAUCUGCUAUCUGCUUCGAAUAAUAGUGCAAAGGGUAAAGAAGAAGAAGUUAGUAUAACAAGCAGGUGA